AUGGCCGACAAACUGCGCACGCUCCAGAACCUCGAGGCCAUGCAGGCCCGCUACGUCGGAACCGGCCACGCCGACACCACCAAGUACGAAUGGACCUCGAACAUCGUUCGCGACAGCUACGCCUCGUAUAUCGGACACCCGCCGAUGCUGUCGUACAUGGCUGUGGGUAUGGGUGAGCCCAAGGAGAAGGUUCGCGCCGCGAUGAUAGAAAAGAUGGUUCGGGGCGCUGGGAAUCCGCCGGAGACGCAAGAAUAAUCCGCUCAUUUUGGGCGAUUUUGUCCUUUCGAUGAACGUUACGAUUGAAUGUGCUGGGGCGCAUGACAACUUUACAGGUCGCGAUCAAACUACCACCGACCACACUUGUCACAUAUGAAUGGACCUGGUUAAUACUUGUUGGGGAUGUGAUAGUCCGACAACGACGCAGGGCUAGAAGCAUGUGCCCCGAAAGCACUACACGAUGCCGCGCAGGGUAGUACUCGCGAUUCUGGUAUCUCAAGAAUGGCGACGACCGGGGAUGUUGGUCAAUGGGGAGGUUCUCACAUUUGCGACUGGAGGAGCAGCCAAGUGGACUUUAUUCAUUAGCUAUACAAUAUUUGGAAUGGAGUGGAUUGCGUGGUUUCCAUGUUUUAAUAGGUGGUAUAGUUAUAUUCCCUUGUAAACGGCGCAAAGGUAGAGAAGAG